UUAGUCGUGCUAAAGGGACAUAUGUUGCCAUCACGAAAGGCAUGUUGAUUUGGUGAAUUUUAAUGGCUUUAGACGUACAUCGAUAUAACCUGCGAGCAGAUGCUGUUGAAGCUGAAAUCAAAUUUCUUGUACAAGAAAUUAAAAAGCUUCAGAAUGGGAAUGACAGUGACAGUCCCUCUGAUGGUGUCUCAGCGGAAUUGGCAGAGUUAUUGCUUCAGAAUACCAAACUGAAACAUCGUCUUGCAAUUUUGAAGAGAGCUUGUGAGGCACAGGAAUCCAAAAUAAAAUCGAGCAAAGAAAUCAAGAUGCAGAGUAUUCAAGAAGAGCUUGUGCGAACGUUUACAAAGGCAGUUGAAGCAGCUUUUCCUGAUGUGCCAGAUGUUGGAGUACCCGUUGUACCAUCUUCAAAAUUUGGUGACUACCAAUGCAAUGCAGCAAUGCAGCUGUCACAGCUUCUGAAAGCACAAGGUAUCAAGAUGUCUCCACACGAAGUUGCCAAGAAGAUUGUGGAACAUAUGGGACAAAACCCAUGGAUUGGAAAAGUGGAUGUAGCUGGUGCAGGCUUCAUCAAUGUGACAUUAAACAAGACUCAUGGAAGUAAAGUGCUGGCAUUACUUUUACAAACAGGGGUGCAGCCACCUUCACUGGAAAAGAAGCUAAGGGUAGUUGUGGAUUUCUCCUCUCCAAACAUUGCCAAGGAAAUGCAUGUUGGUCAUCUAAGAUCAACAAUUAUUGGCGAGAGCAUCUGUCGAUUAUUGGAGUUCCUGGGUCAUGAUUUGUUACGCAUCAACCACGUAGGUGACUGGGGGACGCAGUUUGGUAUGCUGAUUGCCCACCUGCAAGACAUGUUCCCAAACUAUCUGACCCAGUCUCCACCAAUUGGUGAUCUUCAGGCAUUUUAUAAAGAAUCUAAAAGGCGAUUUGAUGAAGAUCCUGACUUCAAGCAGCGAGCUUACAAUUGUGUUGUGAAGCUGCAGAAUAUGGAUCCUGACUAUAACAGGGCUUGGCAACUCAUUUGUGACGUGUCACGGAGAGAGUUCCAUAAAGUUUAUGAUCGCCUAGAUAUCACCCUUAUUGAGCGAGGAGAAUCCUUUUAUCAGAAGAGAAUGGAGAGAUUAGUCAAGGAACUUGAGUCAAAGGGGUUCCUAGAAGAAGAGGAGGGAAGGAAGUUGAUGUGGGGAACACGAUCGCAAGAUAACAUUCCUUUCACAAUUGUGAAGUCGGAUGGUGGCUUCACAUAUGACACUUCAGAUUUGGCAGCAAUUAAACAACGAAUUGAAGAAGAAAACGCUGAAUGGCUGAUUUAUGUCACUGAUGCAGGACAGGCAACACACUUCCAGGUACUGUGGGCCUGUGCAGAACGUGCCGGAAUUCUGAACCCAUCUCAAGUGCGUGUAGAUCAUGUUGGCUUUGGCGUAGUGUUGGGUGAGGACAAGAAAAAGUUCAAGACCAGAUCAGGAGAAACUGUCCGUCUAGUGGAUCUGUUAAAUGAAGGCUUGAAACGAGCGCUGGACAAGCUGAAAGAGAAGGAGAGAGACAAGGUUCUGACACCAGAAGAACUGAAGGCAGCGCAGGAAUCAGUGGCAUAUGGCUGCAUUAAAUAUGCUGACUUGUCACAUAACCGUGCGCAUGAGUAUGUGUUCUCCUUUGACAAGAUGCUGGAAGACAAGGGCAACACAGCUGUGUACCUCCUGUAUGCUCUCACACGUAUCCGUUCCAUUGCUCGUCUCGCAGGAGUGACACCCGACCAACUAAGUGCAGCAGCUGUUAAUACACCUGUGUCACUUGAUCAUGACAAAGAAUGGAAACUCGGUAAGGUCCUACUUCGUUUCCAUGAUGUUCUUGCAGUAAUAACAAAGGACCUCUGCCUGCACCAUUUGUGCGAGUAUGUGUAUGAGAUUGCCACUGCUUUCACUGAGUUCUACGACAACUGCUAUUGUGUUGAGAAGGAUUCAGCAGGAGAGAUUAAGAAAUUGCACAUGGGUCGGUUGCUCCUCUGUGAAGCUGUUGCUGUGAUCCUGGAAUGCAGUUUUCAUAUCCUUGGCCUGAAACCAGUGCAGCGUAUGUAAGGUGCAGUAUUAACUACACAUUUCACUGCCAUCAGUGGGGUUUUAGAGAGACUGAUAUCAUUAGCCCAGUGUGAGUAGUUAAAGUUGUCAAGAAAUAUGAAAAUUAAUCAGGAGAAAAUGUUAUGGCAGUAGAUGGCAGAGUAUACAGUGGUUUGUGCCUUAUCUUUGUCUCUUUAACAGACAAAAGUAAGUGGAUGAAAACAAAAAUUAUCUGGAGAAAGAAAGAAAUUGCUAAAAAAAGGUAUAGUAAUAUAAAAUUUAUAAGAAGGUAAUAGUAUUAAAAUGUAGGCAAUAUAAAACUUCCAUUGUCCACUGCCAUAGAUGUGUUAAAAUCUUCCUCAUAAGUGGUAACUUGUCCGGCUAUUAAACUGAUCGCAUAUGUCUAAAAGCUACUGUUAGCACACACGACUUGGUAUUAAGAAUCGAUCCCUUCAUUUAUUUGUUGUUGGUGAUAAUGGUACUGGUUGCGGGUGUUGGUUAAGCUGCAGAAGGUAGAAAAGAGUACAAUUCACUGCCCCUCAUACUAAUGUUAUGUCAUUAGUUGUGAUAAACUUGCAUCCAUUUUCUUGUUUGGAAUAUAAAGUUAAAGUGUCAAAGGCUAAAUAAGAGUGGUAAUAAUAAUAAUAAUAAUAAUUGUACUCUCAUGCUUUCUGAUGCUCCUCCAAGGAAAGUAAAUGGAAACCCGAGUGCCUCAGAGAUUAGGGAGGUAUGUAAAAGCAGCAUAGCAAUGUGUGUUAAAUAUUUUAUUGAAGUUGAAGAUACGUAAUAUGAACCUGAAAGAGCUUAUGAAUGAGAUGUUUACCUUCUGGUUUUUGUAUGAAGUGUCUUUUCUGUUCGUUGUCUUUAAGUUCUGUGCUCACAUGUUGCCAUAUUAGAUGGAAUAUGGGCCAGUUGUAUAUCUUUUGCAACUGUAGUUGAUUUAUAACUGAACUACACAUACAUACACAUUUAUUUCGUUCCAGAGAUCUACAAUUGGCAGUGCUGCCUUGAGAUAUAGAACAUGUCAAUAAAAAGUACAUUUAAAAUGAUAAAUUGUUAAAAAUUAAAUAUCCAAGACAUUUAAAAAGGCCACAUAUAAUUGUAGUACAUUAACAGUUGUAGAACACAAACAAGUAACACAUCAAACCAAAUCACAGACACGACACCGAAACAAACAAC